AUGGCCUCACCCGAGGGUCAUGCGCGGCCCAGCCACGAAAUGCCGGCAGCCACAAAACACGCCAACAACGGGCUCCUGUCAACCGACCCAGACCACAGUCCCGAAACCGGCAGCUCGAGAAGCGCAGACAAGUCCCUGGGAGGCGAUGAACUACCCACUUCUGACGAGAAGGAACCAGUGUACAUCACGGGGAUCCAGAAGUCAAUGGUCCUCUUUGCAGUUACGCUGGCUGCCGGCUUGCUAUUCCUCGACACAGCCAUCAUCGCAACAGCCAUCCCACGCAUCACCGAUGAGUUCAAGUCAUUGUCCGACGUAGACUGGUACGGGGGCGCAUAUCAACUCGGCAUGGCUGCCUUCAUGCCGCUCACCGGAAAGAUAUACCAUCACUUCAGCUCCAAAUGGUCGUUUCUUGGCUUCUUCGGAGUCUUCGAGCUCGGCUCUGUUCUCUGCGGUGCCGCCACCAGCUUCGCCAUGCUGAUCGUCGGUCGCACCAUCGCGGGCAUGGGCGGUUCGGGCAUCGUCAGCGGCGCCUUGACCAUCAUCGCCAGCAGCAUCCCCCUAGAUAAGCGAGCAGCGGCAACUGGUAUCAUGCUCGGUUUGAGUCAGCUAGGCGUGGUUCUUGGGCCAUUAAUAGGCGGAGUGCUUACCCAGAAAAGCACAUGGCGGUGGUGCUUCUACAUCAACCUGCCGCUCGGCGCCCCGUGUGCCUUGUUUAUGAUCUUCUGUCGUAUACCCGAUCAGAUCGAGAAGCUCAGCCCACUAGCCAUCCUUCCACGCCUGCACCACCACCUGGACCUCGUCGGCUUCCUUCUUUUCGCCGGCUCGGUCGUCCAGCUUCUUUUGGCGUUUGAGUUCGGUGGAAAUCAGUUUCCAUGGAAUUCGUCCACCGUGAUUGGUCUCUUCGUCGGCGCCGUAGCAACGUUCGUCGUCUGGUGUUUUUGGAACGGGCGUCGAGGUAGCGCGGCUCUGAUUCCAGUGUCGAUGGUGGUCAAACGGGCGGUAUGGACGAGCUCGCUGUCGCAGGCCUUCUCCAUGACUACCCUCUUCAUCGUCAGCUACUACUUUCCCAUAUUUUUCCAGUCCGUUUAUAAUGCGUCCCCAAUCACGAGCGGGGUUCAGUUGCUCCCCGCAAUCCUUGGGCAACUCAUCUUCGCCAUCCUGUCUGGUGUCUUAGUCCCUAAAACCGGCUUCACUAUUCCCUAUGCGCUGGUCGGCACAGCGCUCCAGGCGAUAGGCUCCGGUCUUUUCUCGACACUCGCCCCUCAUAGCCCCCUCGGAUUAUGGUUUGGUUCUGAGGUCCUUGCCGGUGUUGGUCGCGGUCUGGCCAUGCAGAUGGUAAAUAGCUCCCAAGAGCCGUACUGGGCUCCUUUGCUGAUCGCUGCACUGUUCACAUCCAUCCUCCUGGUUGUUGGCAACACCAUGUUGGAUGAGAGCUUGCGCUCUGAAAUCCCGAAACAUGCUCCGAAUGUUGAUCUGGAUAAGGUCGUAGCAGCCGGUGCUACGGGAUACCGGUCAAUCGUGGGUGCCGAUGAUCUGCCCGGUGUCGUCCUGGCCUACGCCAACAGUCUGGACAAGAUAUUCUACAUCGGCGUAGCCUGUGCUUCAUUAGCCUUCCUGAUUAGCCCGGGCAUGGGCUGGAUUGAUAUCCGCAAGAAAGGCCCAAAGGCGAAGGACACCGCGGCUGACGAUGGUGAGAAGAACAGGGAAGUUGUGUAG